UCAGACAGGGUUGCCUGAUCCUUGCAUAGGCAGCUCCCGCUCACUCCUUGGUGCCCUUGCCAUGCCCCAGGCAGUGCUGGCAUCAUACCUCCCCACAGUGAACAGCCAGUCAGCCCUGCUCACGUUGAAGUGCUGGGAACGACGUUGUUGAACAUCAUGGAGAAAACGGGCAGAUAUAGAAACAGCUUGCCUCUUUUGAAACCGAUCAGAACCACUCACAGACAUCCUCAUCCGAUUGAUAAUGCUGGCUUUUUCUGCUUCACAACCCUGAACUGGAUUACCCCACUCGUAAGGAAGGCUUACAAACAAUCAGAGCUUGCAUUCAGUGACCUAUGGAGUCUGCCUUCUCAAGAGCUGUCUGAAGUGAACAGCCAAAGAUUACAGUGCCUAUGGGAGGAAGAACUGAAGAAACAUGGGAUGAAAGCUUCUCUGGCCCUGGCGAUGUGGAAAUUCUGUCGCACCAGAUCCUUACUGUCUUUGUUAUGUCUAACUAUUACCAUGGUAGCAAACUUCAUCGGACCGGCCAUUUUUGUCCGGGCACUCCUAGAUCACACACAAGCUCUGGAAUCAAACCUCCUUUAUGGCAUUCUGCUUGUGACUGGUAUUUUUUCAACAGAACUUAUCCGCUCUUGGUCUUUUUCUCUUAAUUGGGCUAUGAACUAUAGAACGGGAAUCCGCUUAAAGGCAGCUGCGCUAGGCAUGGCUUUCCAAAAAAUCCUGAAACUAAAAGAAACCAAGGAUGUUACAGCUGGAGAGCUUGUAAACUUAUGCUCAAAUGAUGGUUAUCGGCUCUAUGAAGUAGCUGCCAUAGGCUGUGUGUUGGCUGCAGGUCCUGUUGUUGCGGUCUUGGGUGUGAUUUAUACAACUUUUCUCCUUGGACCAACAGCGCUAAUAGGUUCUGCUGUAUUUAUAUUAUUUUAUCCAUGCAUGAUGCUGGCAUCCAAGCUGACUGCAUAUUUCAGGGCAAAAUGUAUAGUAAUCACAGAUAGAAGAGUGAGAAGAAUGAAUGAAAUUCUAAAUUGUAUUCGAUUCAUUAAAAUGUAUGCAUGGGAAAAUUAUUUUAUCCAGAACAUUCAAGGGAUCAGAAAUGAUGAAAAAAACUUCUUGGAAAAAGCUGGUUACGUGCAAAGUAUUACAUCGGGGGUAGCCCCAAUUGUGGCUGUUGUGGCGAGUGUUUGUACAUUUACAGUCCAUGUAACCCUUGGAUAUAGUUUGAGUGCAUCAGAGGCUUUCACAGUUGUUACAGUGUUUAACGCAAUGACUUCGGCUCUCAAAAUGAUACCGCAUGGCAUAAAAGCAGCUGCUGAGGCCUCUGUUUCCAUAUCCAGAUUUAAGAAAUUGUUCUUGAUGGAAGAAAUUUACAUUUGUAGUAAACAAAAUGGAAGAUCAUGUAAUAUUAUUGAAUUUAGAGGUGCUUACUUCUCAUGGAAACAAGAGUCAAGCAGCUCCAAAACAAUAUAUGGAAUACAACCAAAUAGCUCAAAAGAUGGGAAGGGGAUCCCACAUAAAAAUGGCCUGGAAUUCCUGAACACCGAUGAAAACAAAGUACCCUUGUGUGCCACUGGUAUGAAAUAUUCUUCAUCUGAGCAUGCUCCAGUUCUUCAUGAUAUAAACUUCACUUUGCAAGAGGGUAAACUUGUAGGAAUCUGUGGAAGUGUUGGAAGCGGUAAAAGUUCUCUAAUAUUAUCCGUGCUAGGUCAGAUGACGUUAUUACAGGGUACUGUGUCGGUGACUGGAAGCAUUGCCUAUGUACCUCAGCAGGCGUGGAUCUACAACGCAUCCUUUAGGGAAAAUAUACUGUUUGGGAAAGAAUACAACAGAGAAAGAUACAGGACUGUAUUAAAAUCAUGCUGUUUGCAACCAGAUAUUGAUUCAUUACCUGAUGGAGACUUAACAGAGAUAGGGGAGCGUGGAGUGAAUCUCAGUGGAGGACAGCGCCAAAGAAUCAGCUUGGCCCGGGCUCUCUAUAGUAAAAAUAGACUAGUUCUUCUGGAUGAUCCACUAAGUGCAUCAGAUGUACACGUGAGAGCAGAAUUAUUCCAAAAGGCAAUUAAAAUUGGAAUGCACAAUAGGAGUGUCUUGUUUGUAACGCACCAAAUGCAGUAUCUCUCACAGUGUGAUGAGGUUCUGUUCAUGAAAGAAGGGCAUAUUACAGAGCAAGGAACACAUGAAGAACUCAUGAAACUAAAUGGUGACUACGCAGCUCUGUUUGAGGGCACAUGGGAAGUGAGUAUCUUUAAAGACAAUGUCAACUGGACCACAAAGGAACCAAACAUAGAUAGAAAUCAUUCCAGUAGUGAUUAUGUUUCUCUUUGUGAUAGCAGCAAGGAUGAAGAUGCAUAUUACGAGACAGCCGAUGAAAUAAAUUCACUAAAUUCAGAGGGAUCCAAUACAGACAACAAUACUUGCAAUGCAGAAAAAGAUGGACAGGACGCGGAAAUUCCAACGGAAAAGGCAGAAGAGCACUCAUCUCACUAUUGUCUGAGAAGAAGCUCCUCAGAUGUACGCAAUGUAGUACACGCAGAUCUAGAUGAUGGUGAGAAGGGAACCGUUCGCCCAAGCUGCAAAGCGGAGGAGGAGGCCAGGGGACUCAUGCAAGCAGAAGAGAAAGCAGAAGGUUCUGUGCCAUGGUCCGUUUAUGGAGUCUACGUCAAGGCAGCUGGAGGACCAAUCCUGCUUGUUGCCAAUGCUGUUUUGUUUUUGUUUAGUGUAGGAAGUGUAACCUUUUGCAAUUGGUGGCUUAGCUACUGGAUUGAUCAAGGUAAUGGGAAUACAUCUGUUUCUGCAAGCAAUGGGACUCUUGUUGCUGGCGAUGUAAGCGAUAACCCUAACCUUAAGUUUUAUAUACUGAUUUAUACUUCUGGAUUGGCAGCAGUCCUUCUAACAAGAUGCAUCCGAGGAUAUGUUUUUGUAAAGAGUACGUUAAAGGCAUCAACAAGACUCCAUGAUCUGCUGUUUCACAAAAUUCUCUGCAGCCCAGUAAGGCUUUUUGACACGACCCCUCUUGGGCGCAUCUUAAACAGGUUCACUAAAGACAUGGAUGAAGUUGAUACACAUCUUCCAAGCCAACUGGAGCAACUCUUUCAGAAUUUAAUCCUUGUUUUAUUUUGCCUUGCUGUUAUAAGUGUGGUAUUUCCGUGGUUCCUUUUGUCCGUCAUACCUUUAAGUGCUCUCUUCUAUGUAAUAAACAAGGUUUCAAGAGUACUGAUCCGUGAGCUGAAACGUUUGAAUAAUAUAAGUCAUUCGCCAUUAAUAUCUCACAUCACAUCAACGUUGCAUGGAUUAACUACAGUCCAGGCCUACAGUAAAACCAAUGAUGCCCUUCUCACGUUUCAGAAGCUUUUGGAUUCCAGCCAUGUGCCUCAUUUCCUGUUAAGCUGUGCUACACGUUGGUUGGCUGUGCGCCUCGACCUGAUCAGCAUUGCCGUUAUCACGCUUACGGCUUUGUGCAUAGUUCUGAUGCAGGGACACAUACCACCAGCGUAUGCAGGAUUAGCAAUAUCUUAUGCUAUGCAGCUCACAGGACUCUUCCAAUUUACUGCUCGGCUGAUGACGGAGACAGAAGCCAGAUUCACAUCAGUAGAGAGGAUCAGCUACUACACAGAGAACCUGGAAUCUGAAGGACCCCACCAUAUUGAGGAAACAUCACCUCCUGAUGACUGGCCCCAGAAUGGAGCAAUCACUUUCCAAAAUGUAGAAAUGCGUUAUCGCAAAGAACUGCCCCUAGUCCUGAAGAAAAUCACAUUCAGCAUUAAACCACGCGAGAAAAUUGGAUUAGUAGGGAGAACUGGAUCAGGGAAAACUUCUUUAGGAGUUGCAUUAUUUAGAUUAUUUGAAUUAGAUGGUGGUUGUAUUACCGUUGAUGAUGUAAGAAUCAGCAAAAUUGGACUACAGGAUCUAAGGAAGAAACUCUCUAUCAUUCCCCAGGAGCCUGUUCUGUUUGUUGGAAGUAUGAGAUCGAAUUUGGACCCAAUGAAUCAGUAUACAGAUGAAGAGAUCUGGAGAGCCUUGGAAAGCACCCACAUGAAACAACGAGUCAUGCAGAUGGAAAAAGCGCUGUAUGCUGGUGUUACAGAAAAUGGAAGUAACUUCUCUGUUGGAGAGCGGCAGUUACUCUGUAUGGCACGGGCUUUAUUGCGAAACAGCAAGAUUUUACUUUUAGAUGAAGCAACUGCUGCGAUCGAUAAUGAAACAGAUGCACUUAUCCAGAAAACGAUUAAGGAUGCCUUUAGUGAAUGCACUGUACUCAUUAUCGCUCACCGAUUAAACACUGUAUUCCACUGUGAUAGAAUAAUGGUGAUGGACAAUGGAAAGAUCGUGGAGUAUGAUAAGCCAUCAGUUUUGCUGUCCAACGAAAUAUCAACAUUUUAUGGCAUGGUGGCUACAGCAGAAAAACAAACUUUGUCACCCCCAUAGUCCAUGAACAGCGUGAACAAAACAUGUCUGCAUGGUGCAUAGAGACAUUCAAGACACAGACUUCUGCAGUGAGCGUGGGAUUUGUGA